UUAUAAUGUUGGAAAAAUUGAGAAAAAUAGAGAAAAAAUUGCAUUUUACUUACAUACGAAAAGUGAAAGAAAAAUUCGUAUUGCUCGGUUGCGUAUGUGUGUGAUGUCUAUGAGAAAAAAGAAAAAAAAAAGAGGUGGUAAAAUAAAAGCACAAAUAUUCCAAAAAGAAAAAAAAAAGAAGCGAGUGAGCGAGCAGUGUGGUGCUAAUGCUAUAUCUUUUUGUUAAAAAGCCACUACAAUUACGGCUUAAGAAGCAAGCAAAGAGGCACAACACUUCACAACAGUUUCAGCGGCAAGACCACGGUCAAUUUCAAGAAAAGCUACAUCGUCGUUUAAAAAAAAAAAAUUGAAUUUAAGAAAAAUUAAAACCAAUAGUGUGAUAAAUAAUGAGUUCCAGUUGUGAAAGAAUAGAAUGGGUGGAAAUUAUCGAACCCCGCACCAAAGAGCAUAUGUAUGCGAAUUUAACGACAGGCGAAUGUGUUUGGGAUCCACCUGAGGAUGUACCAAUUAAACGUACCGACUCAUCGCAAUGGUGGGAAUUAUUUGAUACAAAUACGCAACGUUUCUAUUACUAUAAUGCUGCCUCACAAAAGACCGUCUGGCAUCGGCCGAUGAAAUGUGACAUCAUACCAUUAGCAAAAUUGCAAACACUCAAACAGAAUACAGAUCCAAGCGAUCGACGUGAAAGCAGUACACAAACGCAACAUCAAUUAUUGUAUCAACAGCAAUUGCAACAUCAUGCACAACAACAACAGCAGCACCAGCACCAACAACAACAACAACCGCAACAAUCGUCGCAACACUCAUCACCGUCGAUGCCGAAAAUACGCUCCACAUCGCAACGCAAUAGCGGUGGCAGUGGUAGCGCAAGCUCUCAACAUUUAACGCACAGUCAUCUAACGAAUACAACGGGUAGCGGUGGCAGUGGCAGCAGCAGUGUUGGUGUCAUUAAUAAGCGUGGUAGUGCUGGACUGCCGUUGUAUGCUAGCUCAGAGGAAAAACUUGUAACCGAUAUAUUGUCUAGUCCACGUGGGCGUCAAAGUUUUCGCAUUGGCGCUGGUGAUUCAUCGCGUUCCAUGGAUAUGCAGCAAUACUCUUCGUCAUCGAGACGAUCGAAAGAUUCCUGCAAUCAUUAUAAAGAAUCAGGUAAAUCAAGUGAUUCCAGUUUGUCAAGCAUACAUGGUUAUCGUCGAUUCAAUGAUGAACUCAUAGGCGGCAAUAAUGUGGCAACAGUCCAGGGACCGAAUAAUGAAAGUUUACGUUUGGGUUCAUUGCAAAAACAUCGUAGUCGUAAAGAGGGCAACAGUGCUGGCAGCUUUGAUAUGCUGCAAGAGAACAUUACUGGUUAUGAUCAUCAAUUGAAAGCAGCUCAUCGUCAGCAUAUGUCAGCUGAGCAUAAUUCACCGACCAUGCAGCAGCAUCAUCACACACCUCAACCAAAGAAGAAGAUGUCACCGGAUGCCGGUCAACAACAGCAACACCAUCACCUACAGCACAUACAACAAUUUUCCCCUUAUAAUGCGCAGCAGCGUAAUUUGGUUGGCAUUAGCUUAGCUGGCAGUAAAUCAUCAUCCGCAACACGACAGGCCAUGGAAUACGGAGGAACAGAACGUGAACGCGAUUAUAAAGUCGUAUUGGCACGUUCCGGCAGUUUUAUGUCGUCCUCCAUUAAUCCGGCUGCAGCGGGGCACCAUAGUAAAUCAUAUCGUAAAUCUGCUACCGAGGCUAAUGGCAGCGUUGUUGGAAGUUCGCCUGGUGGCGGUAAUAAUGGCAAUGGCGGAGCGGCUAGUGAUGAUUCCAUGCAUGAGAAAUAUUUCAAAUCAGUGGAAAAUACGCCGCUGUCACGCCGUCGCCAUACUACCACAGCCAAGUGCUCCAGUGGUGCGGCUAGUGCCAGCAGUGGGCAUGGUACUGGCGGUAGUGCUGGCAGUAAUAUGAAACACUCCAGCGAUUCUUCGCCUCAAAGUCCCAUUAGUCCCCAUAGCAAUAAAAGUAAACCGCUGAAAGGUACAACAUCCACAACUGCUUUAUUUACUGAACAACGAAGUAGCGGCGGUGGUGGUUGUGGUAGCGGUAGUGGUAGCAAUGUCAAUGUUGCUCCGUCAGCAAUACUGCACUCUCCGGGUGGACAUUCCAUUACAGUCACUUCAACAUCUAGUCAUACUCAUUAUAAACAGGAUGCCAGUUGCAAUUUGGAGCUUCUCAAUUUAGAUCGUUUGUCAUUAAGCAGUCGAGGUGGUGGUGAAUGUGGCAAACCGUCUUCGCCGCAUUUAAGUGAUAUUACAACAGCCGGCGUAAUAUCAACGCCAAAUAAUUUAAUAUCAAAAAAUUUCCCCUCUUCGGAUAAUAUCGGCAUGAUGACGCAUUCUUCACGUGGCUCAAAUGAUUCGCGAGGCAAGCACAAACUAACCGGCAGCGGUUCAUGGUCGCAACAGCAACAACAACAGCACAACAUCGGUCAUCAUCAACAAUCAACAGUACAAGAUAAUAGCAGAUCUGUGCGUUACAAAACUGCAAAUCUGGAUAAACAUGGUCAUCACUCGAAUGAAUUUUAUACAGACGGUCAGCGGAAAUCAUCGCGUAAAACGCGAGAUCAUCAUCACUUGUAUGCCGACAAUAGCGAUGUAGAAUACGACAACGGCAAUAUUUCACCUUUGUACAGCAACUGGGAUACGGAAAUGCAAGAACAUCUGUUGCCCCUAAAACAUUAUAUACUGGAGCAAGCUAAACUCUCCGGACGCUAUGUGUUUGGUGAUCCCAUUGAUUCCGAUUCAUAUCAUUCUGACAGUCAAUCGGAACAUUCAUUAUCUGGUCACGAGCCAGAUAACGAAGAUUCGGACGGCGGUUCAGAUACCCAUGGCGGUUAUUUAGAGCACAAUUAUGGUAUGAUCGAAGACUAUGCUAAUAUGGGUGAUAGUGUAUCUUAUUAUGCGUAUCAGUAUCCACCUUAUGACGCUUUAGAUCGAGAGGACAUUAUCUCGGAUAAUGUUGAAGCAGUUUUGGAAGGCAUGGGUCCGGCCCCAGUUAGAGAAGCAUCGGCUAGCCAAAAGUCGAAUAAUAAGCCACGUUGCCAGAUCUCAUUUUAUGAUACGGCCGUUACCAAUAGUGCUGCACGUGUCCAAACUACUAACCAAAAGCAGCAACAGCAUCAGCAAAACCAGCAACAACAAUUGUAUACGAACGCACCAAUUUUACCACCAAGUCAUACUCAACAUCAGCAGCAGCAAUUGCAAGUUGACGGCGGUGAUAAAGCACAGAAACAAUCGCAAACGUUACCGUCACCGAAUCGCCAAAUAUCACGCUUAGCUCAAAACUCUACAAAUAACGUUGACUCGGGGACGGGCAUGGUUAGCGUACGUUUACCAAUGCCUGGUCCGCACUAUACUAAAGAAGAAAAUGUAAAUAGUGACAGUGGUGGAGUCAAUGUUGCUCGGCGUCCUUUACCUCCUCCUAAUCUCAAGCCAACCAUACAACAAAUCUUUCCACCUGCUGAACGUGCUCCACCGAAUAUUGCUACCACUCUGGCGUGCAUGAAAGAAUGUGAUAUUGAAAAAUUUGCUGCAGACAAUUUGAACCUUCAUUCGAAGGGUAUUUUUCGUAAGAAGUCUUCCGUACGCGAUAUGUUAAGUUGGACUUCGGAGGCUAUCAGCCGUCCAAUGCUGGCUUUGUCACGUGAUAAAAAUGAUAAGAAAAUUGCCAUUGAAUUAUUUAAGUUGGUCCAAAUUUAUAUGGGAGAUCGUAAAGCGAGAGCAGGCAUGAGUCUAAAUUCGGUAGCCAUUGACGUUAUAACAGCAGCAUUGCCACAACAACAAUUACGUGAUGAACUGUAUGUGCAGUUAUGUCGUCAAACUACUGAGAAUCCUAAACGUGAAUCGUUAAUACGUGGCUGGGAAUUAAUGGCGAUUUGUUUAUCAUUUGUACCACCGUCGCCCACAUUCCAGCCAACUUUAUUGAACUAUGUCAAUCGGCAUCGGGAUCCUACGUUUGCUACCUCUUUUCCGGAGGUUGGCAAAUGGCCUAUACAUGUGCAAAUUUCUCAUUACGCUACCGUAUGUUGUAGACGUUUGGAUCGUAUAGGCAGUACGGGACGACGGCAGGCUAAAAAGCCCACCGAAGAUGAGGUUGAACAAGCCAGGAAUCAAAUUUUGCGAAACAGCAUGUUUGGCAAUACGUUGGGCGAAGUUAUGGAUUUGCAAAAGGAUAAAUUUCCAUUUCGUAAAUUGCCAUGGAUACAAACUACUCUAUCUGAGCAUGUUCUCAUGCUUAAUGGUAAACAAACGGAAGGUAUAUUUCGGGUUUCAGCUGAUGUUGAUGAAGUGAAUUCGUUAAAGAAUCGUUUAGAUCGGUGGGAAGUUCCUGAUUAUAAAAAUGCCAUGGAUGCUCAUGCACCUGCUAGUCUAUUAAAAUUAUGGUAUCGUGAACUUUAUGAUCCUUUAAUACCUGAUGAAUUGUAUGAGGAAUGUGUAAAUACCGAAGAUGCGGAUAAAGCAAAAGCUAUUGUCGAUAAAUUACCCCAACUAAAUAAAUUAGUCUUAACUUAUCUAAUACAUUUUCUCCAACAAUUCUCGCAUCCGGAUGUUGUUAGUGCUACGAAAAUGGAUUCUUCCAACUUAGCCAUGGUAUUUGCACCAAAUUGUUUGCGUUGCACGUCCGAUGAUCCCAAAGUGAUAUUAGAGAAUGCACGCAAGGAAAUGUCUUUUAUGCGCACACUAAUACAACAUAUGGAUACAGCCCAUGUCGUUAAUCUUGUAUGAAGCUUGAAAAAUCGUACAUCAUCUCCAUAAAGAGCUGCAACCAAAAAAAAAAAAGAAAAAAAAACA